AUGAGUGAGGUGAGUUGGGGCUGGAAUUUUAUUCUUAUUCAUGAAUUUUCUUAGCAUUUUUUAAAUUAAGAUUCGGAAGAAAGUCAUAUUUGACUGAAAAAACUGGAAAAAAUGAAUAUUUCAUUUCCGUAAUUUUGUAUUUAUUCCAGGCUAUCGCUGAAAAAGACUUGGGAAAUGCUGCCUACAAAAUCAAAGAUUUCGUGAAUGCACAUAUCCAUUACGAUAAAGCUAUCGAAUUGGAUGCAACCAACAUCACUUUCUACAAUAAUAAAGCAGGUGAGACAAAAAUCCCAAUUUCAAAAAUCAAAAGUCGAAUUUUGCAGCCGCAUAUUUCGAAGAGAAAAAAUAUGCUGAAUGCAUUGCUCAAUGCGAAAAAGCCGUUGAAGUUGGAAGAGAAACCAGAGCUGAUUACAAACUCAUCGCUAAGUAAGUUUAUCAACAAUAUGGAAUUUUGACCUACUUAUUGAUUUUAGAGCAAUGGCUCGCGCUGGAAAUGCAUUCCAAAAACAAGGAGACGAAACCCAGGCAUUGAAUUGGUUCCAAAAAUCAUUGUCUGAGCACAGAGAUGCUGAAUUGGUCAAGAAAGUGAAAGAACUCGAAAAAACCAUCAAGGAAAAAGAACGUUUGGCUUAUAUUAACCCAGAAAUUGCACAAGAAGAGAAGAACAAAGGAAACGAGUAUUUCAAGGUGAGAACGAUUCUAUUCGGUUUGAGUUAUUAUAAUUUCUUUUCAAAUUAUAGAAAGGAGAUUAUCCCUCGGCAAUGCGCCAUUACAACGAAGCCGUCAAAAGAGAUCCAACAAAUGCAAUUCUCUACUCGAAUAGAGCUGCUUGUUUGACAAAACUUAUGGAAUUCCAAAGAGCUCUUGAAGAUUGCGAAGUCUGUAUCAAGACUGAUCCAAAAUUCAGUAAGUUUUUGAUAUUUUCAGGAAAUCAAUCAAUUAUUAUCUGUAUUUUUUAGUCAAGGGAUAUAUCCGAAAAGCUGCUGCUUUAACAGCAAUGAAAGAAUGGGGAAAAGCGAAAAGAGCAUAUGAAGAUGCUUUGAUGGUUGAUUCAACAAAUGCUGAAGCUUUGGAAGGAUUGAGAAAUGUUAUUCGAAAUGAUGACGAAGAUCCAGAAAAGGUUUGUUUGAGACGUGAACUGAACGUGUGAUGUGGAUUAUUGAUAAUCAUUUCUUGAAAUUUCAUAUCUCUAUAAAAUAUAUUUUCAGGCUCGCGAAAGAGUUAUGAACGAUCCAGAAGUCCAAGAAAUUCUUCGUGAUCCAGGAAUGAGAAUGAUUCUCGAACAAAUGAGCCAAGAUCCAGGAGCAGCUCGGGAACAUUUGAAAAAUCCUGAAAUCUACAAAAAGCUCAUGAAACUUCAAUCUGCCGGUGUUAUUCAAAUGCGAUAA